AUGGAAACGACAAAUCUGCCGACAUUCGACCCGAACACAGAAACGGGAAACGUAUACCAAAGAUGGACACGUUGGUUGAGGGCGUUCAAGCUGUUCCUGGUGAGCAAAAGAAUAGAAGACGACGAGAGAAAGAAAGCAAUGCUGCUACAUUAUGCAGGAUUCGAUGUACAAGACAUUUUCUACGCGAUACCGGAUGCGGAAGUGGUUGUGGAAGGAGAAUCGCAAUACACCAAAGCCGUGCAAGUAUUGGAAGAGUACUUCAAACCGAGAAUGAAUACGACUUAUGAGAGACACAUUUUCAGAAAUCUGUCUCAAGGUACCGGGGAAACGAUGGUACAAUAUGUUUCAAGAUUGCGACAGCAAGCGAAGAACUGCAAUUUUGAGGACGCAGAUACAGAAAUCUGUGGUCAAGUGAUCGAAAAGUGCCAUUCAACAAAAUUACGCAGACGUUUAUUAGAAAAAUGCGAGGUUAAACUGAACGAAGUACUGGAGAUUGCAAAAACAAUGGAAGCCGUCUCGCUGCAGACGAAGGACAUAGAAGGUGAAGCGGUGGCUCGCAUAACAGACAGAAAAAAACAGGUGAAGACGGGAGUGACGAAGACAACAAAUAGCGUCGAAUGUUAUCGGUGCGGAUAUAAAGGACACAAAUAUACAAACGAGAAAUGCCCAGCGAGAGAGAAGACCUGCAGUAAAUGUGGAAAACAAGGACAUUUCGCGAGGGUUUGCAAGACAAGGAUGGAGACAACUGACAACAACUACAAAAAAACGGACAGAAAAAAAGGGUUCGACGGCUCGACGAGAGGACAGAAGAAGAAGAAGAAGGAAGGGAGCACGCGUUUGGCCUGA